AUGGCCUCUGGAAUCGUUACUGGAGGCAGUAGUUCGCCAGAGUCAACAGAAAUGGGAAGAGGUGCCAGUCCUGAGCUUGCUGACGAGCUUUCAGAAUUAGUUCCCGUUCUUGAGGCUACACAUAUUGCGCCACAUAAGAAGAGUUCAUUGGUAGGAUCUUCCUCUCCAUUUGAUCCUAAGAAAGGUAAAGUGACCGUGCAACGCCCUGGAGACCAAAAAGCUUAUCAGUGUGGCCCGAGUAGCAAGAAAAAUAAAAAAACAGAUUCUGACGCUCUAAAAGAAAUUAUCCGUUGUCGGGACGAGGGCACUUCUAGAAUAGAUCUCUCCAAAGGGCAGCUCCUCUCUCUUCCAUCUACGAUACGAGAUGUUGCAAACAACCUCAAAGAAUUGUACUUAUACUGCAAUAAACUAGUUAGGUUGCCAAAAGAAAUUGGAUGUCUCUCACUCUUGGAAAUAUUAAUGGUGCAGGAAAACUCAUUAACACGUCUUCCUGAGUCUCUGGCGAAUUGUGUUAAUUUAACCAUGUUGGAUGUGCGCCAUAACAAGCUCUGUGAAAUCCCUCCAGUUAUUUACAAAUUAGUUAACCUUACUCAUCUACUCCUGCGCUUCAAUAGGAUUCGUGUAGUAGAUGAAGAAAUCAGCAAUCUGACGGUAUGA